AUGAGUCUCAGGGGAAUGGCCGUCGCCGCCUGGCUAGGAUUGCUGCCGCUAAUGUUCUCCCUGGUGGUCCCUUACGAGCUGGACGAAUUUCACGCGCAGAAUGAUUUCAGCACGCCGUACAGUGGGAUUGCAACCUUUGCGCACCUCAACUGGACCAACUGCUUUGAUCCCGCCGCGGAUGCAAUAUUUCUUUGCCUACAGAGUAUGGAUCAUGGGACCAAUCCCUUUCGCAGUUGGGCCUCUGUGGUAGACUGUGGUGAUAUUGCUAAUACCCCAUUCGACAAGCUUGAGGCGCUCCAGCAACUUGAGGCCAGUUGGAAGUUAAUUGGAUCCCGAAAGUCUUUGAACUCGCAGAAGGCAGACCAUGUAAGAUUCCUCUUAUUCGGCGGAGAUCAUACCAUCAUACUGCCCGCGCUUCGAGCCCUGUAUCCCACCUGGGGUAAAGUGGCGAUUCUCCACUUCGACUCCUAUCUGGAUAUAUGGGACCCUAAACAGUUGAGCGGGGGCCUGACUAAAUACUCGGAGGUGACGCACGGUAGUAUGCUUUAUAUCGCCCACGAAGAAGGACUACUGGUUGAGACGGGCAACAUGCACCUCGGAUCCCGAUCGAUGUUGAUGGAAGAACACUAUAACCUCGACAACGAUGCUCGGUGUGGCUUUACAGCCAUUCGAGCCCGGCAGAUUGACCAAAUCAGUAUUGAUGGGAUUGUGAAACAGGUUUCGGACACGGCCGGUGACAGCCUGGUUUAUAUCAGCAUCGACAAUGAUAGUCUCGACCCUGCAUUUGCCCCAGCCACCGGCACAAUUGAACCCGGUGGCUGGACCACCCGGGAACUUCUUGAGAUUCUGAAUAGGCUGUCCACGGCCAACCUCCCUAUUAUCGGAGCAGAUAUUGUCGAGUUCCCCCCUGUGUAUAACAACGCAGCAGAAACCACUGCUCUUACUAUCACACAGAUUGCCUAUGAGCUUCUGCAGUGGAUGGUGCGAGUGCCGGUAAGAGUCGCAGAAAAGACCGAAUUAUGA